AUGCAUUCUCGACGUAGAAGGUUCUGUACCCGGCACACCCCAUUCCUGACCCCACGGGCCAUCGUCUUAUGGCUCGUGCUUGGCACGGGGCUGCUGUAUUAUUCCCUUACAUCCCUGUACGAUUACCUGUAUCCUGUACGGAACCGCUCUAUGGUGCUCGUAGUUGCGUACAUGCGAAGUGGGUCCAGUUUGGUGGGCGACAUUCUUCAGCAGCAUCAGUCGAGUUUCUACGUGUUCGAACCUCUCCGGUCUGCUACCGAACUCGCCUACAGCAACCAAUCUAUAACAUUCUAUAACAGUUCUGUCAGGAAAUAUAGCUCAAGGGAGGAGAUAGCGCGUCUACAUGCUGACCUUCUUUAUAAUUGGUUCACUUGCAACUUCACUAACCUUGACCUUGGUGCUUUGACGUCAGAUUACCUUAGAUUCUACAGUGCCUCAACUCUUCCCUAUCACAAAUGCCUUCAGUGGAACGGACGUGACGUCAGCUCCGUGACGUAUUGCCUUGGUUACAUGCAGUCAUACUGUGAACACAAAGAACUUAGGACUAUAAAAACCAUCCGUCUCAAUCUGGAGACUGUUGAAAUUCUGUUAGGACGGUUACCAAGGUUACGGGUCAUACAUCUUAUAAGGGACCCACGUGCUAUAAUCCAUUCAAGAGUGCGCGUUAAACUCUUGAGGUGGGAGAAUAUUCGAAAAGAAGCUACUGACCUUUGUGCCAAAAUAUCCACAGAUAUUUCGUUAUCCGUAGAACUGAAACACAAAUAUCCUGAACGAUUUAAAGUUCUGUUGUAUGAGAAUCUAGCAGAACGUCCCGAAGAGAUUUCUAGUAAAAUAUAUAGGUAUGCUGGGAUAGACAUGAAGUCUUACGUUGUAGGUUAUGUACGGUACCUGACUAUAUACGGACGGGGUAUAGAGUGUUUCUGGUGUACGCAGAGGGGAAACUCUAAAAGGACAGCCUUACUCUGGCGGAUAUACACACUGUACACUCAUGUACGGACAGUUGAUGCGGUCUGUGGUAUGGUGUAUCACAUGGUCGGCUACCAACCAAUCACUAACGAGAUUACACAACUUCGUAACCUGUCACACCCACUAAGAAAAAUGGUGAACUUCACGGCUGGGUCACUGUAA